AUGUCUUUCUUCACCAGAGUUUUGACGAUGAAAUGCAAGCAGACACUUGAAUGUGAGAGGACUUACUUUUUUUACCAGGCGCUUUUUGCCAGCAGCAGGUUUCCCGGGCAGCCGCGGCUGUGCAGCAGCCAGUCGCUGGAGGUGCGGAGCAGCCCGCGGGCAGCGGCGGGGAACAAAGGCGAGGGGCGCGGAGCGGAGCUGCUGGAGCCCCCCCCGCGCCGCCUGGGCAGGGUGAAGAGCCUGCACGAAAUGCCCGGACCCAACACCCUCUACAACCUCUACGAGUUCUUCUGGAAGGACGGCUUCGGCCGCAUUCAUGAAAUCCAGCAAAAACACACACAGGAAUAUGGAAAGAUCUUCAAGUCUCACUUUGGUCCCCAGUUUGUUGUAUCCAUUGCAGAUCGAGACAUGGUUGCUCAAGUGCUCCGAGCAGAAGGCAGAGCACCACAAAGAGCCAACAUGGAAUCCUGGCAGGAGUACAGAGAUUUACGGGGGAGAGCCACGGGGCUCAUUUCUGCGGAGGGGGAGCAAUGGCUAAAAAUGAGAAGUGUACUGAGGCAAAAAAUUCUGAAACCCAAAGAUGUGGCUGUUUACUCUGAAGGAGUCAAUGAAGUUAUCGCAGACUUAAUUAAAAGAAUCCACACCCUCAGAAGUCAAGAGGAGGAUGGGGAAACAGUGACAAAUGUUAACAACCUUUUCUUCAAGUAUUCAAUGGAAGGUGUGGCGACCAUUCUGUAUGAAUGCCGGCUGGGCUGCCUGGAAAACAAUAUCCCACAGCAGACUGUCGAAUAUAUUGAGGCUCUGGAAUUGAUGUUUAGCAUGUUUAAGACCACUAUGUAUGCAGGUGCUAUUCCCAAAUGGCUUCGUCCACUUAUUCCAAAACCCUGGAGAGAGUUCUGCAGAUCCUGGGAUGGACUCUUCAAAUUUAGUCAAAUCCAUGUUGACAACAAAUUGAAGGCUAUUCAGUCUCAGCUGGACCAAGGAGAAGGAGUGCAUGGUGGGCUACUUACACACCUCCUAGUGAGUAAGGAACUUACUUUGGAAGAGAUAUAUGCCAACAUGACUGAAAUGCUUCUGGCAGGAGUGGACACAACUUCUUUUACUUUGUCCUGGGCAAUAUACUUGUUGGCAAAACACCCAGAGGUGCAGCAACGUGUUUAUGAGGAAAUAGCCAAUAAGCUGGGGAAAGAUCAAGUUCCAGUUGCUCACGAUGUCCCAAAAUUGCCUUUGAUUAGAGCUGUCCUGAAAGAAACCUUGAGGUUAUAUCCAGUAUUGCCAGGAAAUGGAAGAGUGACCCAAAAAGACUUGAUCAUUGGAGGAUACUUGAUACCUAAAGGGACCCAGCUGGCACUUUGUCAUUAUGCUACAUCAUACAGUGAAGAAAAUUUCUCAGUGGCAAAUGAGUUCCGACCUGAGCGCUGGCUGAGGAAAGAUAAUUUGGACAGAGUAGACAACUUUGGCUCCAUCCCCUUUGGUUAUGGCAUUCGAAGUUGUAUAGGAAAAAGAAUUGCAGAGCUGGAAAUCCAUCUUGCACUGAUUCAGCUAAUUCAGAAUUUUGAAAUCAAAGUUUCUCCCAAAACCGAACCAGUUCUUGCCAAAACCCAUGGACUUUUGACUCCUGGAAACUCCAUCAAUGUCAGAUUUUCUGACAGGAAGUAA